ACUUCAGUCAUUCGCGAGUGUCGUGACGGGAUCGGUUGGACCGACGGCUGCCUUGAAGGGCCUCGCUCGGCAUGCGAUUGAUUGACGCACGAUGGCCCUCGUCCUCGUCAUCGGACACCUCCUCUUCAUUUGGUCACUCCGGGUCGACGCGCAAAAUGUGGCCGCGUGCACGGCUCGCACGGAUCCAAAAGUGCUAAAUGAGACGUGGUGCACAAUUAAUAACGGCAUAAAAAGAAGCGGCGAGUUGAGGGUGGAGGGAACGUGGGUGCAUUUGGCGGUGAAGGGUGAGGUGAAUGACAAGCGCAAUUGCACAUUCCGUUUGAAGAUUGCGCUGGAGCGAAUGACCAACGUGACCGACGAGGCCGCCUGCGUCAAAUUGCACCCCGACACCGCCCCACACGACAAGUUCAACGAGUGGAUCGUGGUGGUGAGGCCGACGGCCGGCGGCGCCUUCGACGCCGCGGCCGCGCUGCCCGUGCCCAUGGGCUGCUACUCGGCGGACUUUGAUUUCCUCACAUCGACCGGCGUCGUCGGGGCCUUCGUCAGAUCAAAGCCCAACGUCUUUGUGCGCACCCACGGUCUCACGAGCCACUUAACCCAACCUCAACGCCUCGACAAAAACGAAUUCGCGCGGGAGGGUGGCGAGGAUGAGAUCGACAUCAUCACCGCCCUCGAAUUCGCGCCCGCGCUGAGCCCCACCGCGGACGUGGUUGUGACGCUUUUGAAAAACAAGAGCACGGCGUGCGUCGAAUGCAGAGACUCGGACGUCUUGGCCUGGGAUUUUUUGCGACUGUCGCAGAAUGGAAGUCGCGCGUUCACCAAUAACUUGUGCGAGGAGACCACCGUGCAAUACGACAAAACCACGCUCAAGUGCCGCUUCGGUAAACAGAAAAUCUACAGCGACCAAAUCCACGCAAGGAUUCACGUCUACAAUGAACGACGUUGUCCUGAAAAGCCUUCCACGCACUCCUGCUGCUUCGACAUGACGUACAACGUGACGAGGGUGGCGGAUCAGCAGGCGCCGCACCCAUCCAAAGGCGCCAACACGGGCCUCCUGGUUUUGGGCGUUUUUCUCGCGGCCACGUGUCUGGUCCUGGUCGCCGUGAUGGUCUCGAAAAGGGCGCAGAUCGUGCGGGCGUUCAAGCGACCCCGCCAAACCAGAACCUCCGAGUCCGCAGUCCCACUCGUCAUUCCCGACCAAUCCAACGAUCUCAAAAUCCUGCUCGUCUACGUCAAAGAGUCCGAAGAGUUUUUCCAGGAAGUGCAAAACCUCAAGCGAGCCAUUCUAAAAAUACUUCCGUCCUGCCAAGUGAUCGACGUUCUGCACGAGGACACGGAGCGUCCGCGCAACGUCGAGGGGUGCGCGUUCCUGGACAACCUGCUGUUCGAGAGCGUGCGUGCCGAGGGUGGGGGGCGCGUCAAGACGGUGCUGGUGCACUCGGACAAGGAGGGGGCGGAGGAGGGGGAGCAGUACCGGCGCGCGCUGCGCUUCCUCUCGGACAACAAGGGCGCCGUGCGCUACGACCGCGUCUUCAACGUCGAGCUGCAGAAGCACCCCCUGCGCGUGCGCUCGCCCCUCCACGCGGCGGCCACGGUGCUCAGGGUCAACACCCUCACCACCUACAGGUUCCCCGCGCACCUCCACCUGCUGUGCGCCCACGUUGCCAGGCCGCCUCCAGCGACGGACCAGCAGGACAAGCAGGGGGCGGAUGUGUGCUGAUAACGCGCAAAUUAUGUGUGUACUGGUCGUACUUUAGACUGUCGCUCAAUGUUGGUUUAAUCCAUUUUUUUUUUGUUCCUUAUCAGUAUCUCUGCAAGUUGUUAGUUAAUUUAACAUUUAACUGACGAAGGCUCAAACGCAGUGGCAAAAGUUUAAUACGCUUUUGGGGAGGAGAUGAACUCUAGACUUGCAGAUAUUAUAGUCGUUUUCUAAACAAAAUCGUUGCUGAAAUUUCUUUUGGUUGUAAAUUAAAACAAAAUGAAUAAUUAUUGGUCAUUAAUUUUUAUAUUUAUAUUAAAAUACUUCAUUUUGUUUGAUUUGAUCUGUUUUUGAAAAUUUUUGAAAAGCGCCAGAAAAAGUAUACUAGCAUUGACAAGUCUAUAGUGAUCGUCUUAAAAUUAAUUUAAAAAAAGCAAAAGCACAAAAAUGGCUCAAAUUACCAAUUUCUUGAUAAAAUAAGUUUUACAUUGAAUUGAAAUAAAAAUUCACCUCCUCAGUACUCUAUCAUUAAAUCAAAAUAUGAUAAAAAAUGAAUAUCAAUGAAGAUAUUGCGGAAUAUUCACCAGAGAUUUCCUCCCCGGGGGGAUAGUGUCGGGACAAAAUUGGUUCCGUUGCGUUUUUCUCAUCUAUCAAGUCAGCUGCUUCAAAUAAAAAUCAUUUUCAUGUCGUGAACUCUCUGUUUUGAUUAGAUUUUCUGGAUGAGGAAUAAUUUACUUGCUGAAAAUUAAGUUGGUACUUCCGGAGCUUGUACUUAUUUUUAGAGCAAAAGAACUACAAAUUUGUCCCACCACUAUCCUCCCGGAACAAAAGUCCUCCUGAGGAGGAAAUUUCUAGUGAAUGCCCCCAUUAUUUUUCUCUUUUAACUUUUAAAUGAUCAAUGUUUCUUGUAGUUAGUACAAUUUUGAAAAAAUGUCUUAAAAGUCAUCUUAAUUAAGUGACCAAAUAAAAAAUAACUAUCAAUUAGGAUUAUUUAUUAAAAAAAUCACUCCAGUAUUCAACGCUGGCGAAAUACGUUUCUUUAGUUUUAGUGUUUGUAAAUACCGCUGUGCUCAAUAAAAGUUUCCUCUC